CUCGCAACACCGGUAUCACCCGGGCCACCGACAACCACAUACCCGGGAACCGGCCGCGGCGCCGCCCGCAACGGCCCCCGCGCUCCUAACGGCCGCAACACCACCCGCGGUGUUCCCAUCCGACCGACAGCCCUCCACGCCCUGCACAGCCGCGCGUCCCUCAAUGCCGCCGCCGUACAUGGGCAGAAUUCCCGCCAUAACCUCAACCCAAGCAUCCCCAAUGCCCAUGCCUCGACCGUUAGCAACAUGACCACUGCCCUCCCCCAUCGCUACUUGGUGUCUCUCGGCAGGCUCAACUUUGCCGAAGAAGAUCUGGUGUUCGAGCAAGGCAUAGACGAAGAGACAGUGGAGAGAGCGCAUGAGUUGCUGGAGCUGGCAGUGGAGAGAGGGGAGGGAGGGAGGGUCAAGGGGGUUUUUGUGGAGGGGCAACAUGAAGUUGACGGGAUAUGA